UGGUCGCCCAGGGUUGCAUUUUCUUGAAACUCUUGAAAGUCGAACGCGAUUGUUGUUGCGACCAACUCCGGCAGACGUUUUUGCAAGAAAAAUUAAUAGAGAUGAAAUUGACGUCGAUAUUAUUUCGUAAGACAGCGAGACAGCCACAGAAUGAAAAGAAGGUGCCUUUUAAGGAGAUUUUGCCGUUACAAUUGAGGAAUUUUGUGAGCGGGAAGAAUCAGAGAACAGCAGAAAAGGGAUGUUUAUUAGAAAUGUCCUUGCUUUUGACGUGUCUUGAACAAAAUGAGUUUGAAGACAAAAGAUGUAUCCCACAAUUCAAAGCAUUAAAUCAAUGCUACCAAGUUUACACAAGUAAUAUGGAGCGUAUACGUUCUUCAAAGGAACAAAUAGUGCCUGUACCUAACAGUAAGAACUUGACGCAUAAACAGGUUACAUAUCUUCUAAGAAGAUAUCCUACAGUAUAGUGCUUUUCUUUCUGUAGUGCUACAUCAAUGCAUUAACAUAUAAUACAUUGUAAAACAAUUUAGAUUAUUAUCAUA